CUUAUGAAUCCAUAUGGCAGCCUCGCAUCUUCCACCACUAUCUAUGUGCUGUAAUAUAUUUCCUACAACAACAACCCCUUCUAUACAAUGAUACAAUAACAUCGAUCUCUAGAGAUUCGUUCUCUCAUUAUUUGAUAUACACACACCACAUACCGAUAUACAGCACAAUGGCAGCUGCAGAAGUCGCCCCGCUCUCUCCGGAUGCAGAUGAAGAGACUCAAACUAUCACCCUCUCCCACCACAACACUCCCCAGACUCUCACGCUCCCCCUCUCUGCAACAAUCGCCGACCUCUCCGCCGCCGUCACCUCGACCCUCUCCGUCCCCGCCACAAACCAAAAAUUCAUGAUCCCAAAGCUCGGCCUCCUCAAACCGCCCUUCAAAGACCCCGCCCUCCCAGUAUCCUCCUUCGCUGCCGCAAAGAUAACACUCAUGGGCGCCACCACCACCGAGCUACAAUCCCUCAACGAAGCUCGCGCUGUGGCUGAACGAACCUUCACACGCCCGAAGCCGCGGCAGACGGUACAGGCCUAUAAAACACACGACUGGAAGCGCGAACAGGAGGAGAACCAGUACACCUUCGCCACCCUCCGCCCCCUACCGUAUCUCCCCAACCCCUCACGCUCGCUCGCGUUUCUACAACGUCUUAAGGAUGAUGCGGGCAUCAAGGCCUCGAUGCGGAAGCAUAAAUUUUCGGUGCCGCUGCUGACGGAAAUGAAUCCCGUGGAGCAUACAACGGCAUCAAUGGACGGGGUGUCGCGCACGCUGGGGCUAAACCGCAAUCGCGGGGAAGUGAUCGAGCUGCGUCUGCGCACGGAUGCGUACGACGGAUACAGGGACUACAAGACGAUUCGACGGACACUGUGCCAUGAGCUGGCUCAUAAUGUGUGGGGUGAUCACGACCGCAAUUUCUGGAACCUAUGUCAUGAGAUUGAGAAGGAGGUUGAGAAGGCGGAUUGGAAGACAGGCGGGAAUGUAGUAGGAAACGAGGAAUAUUACGAGGGUGGCGGGGGAGGGUUUGGUGAGGAGGAAGCGGAGGAUGAAGGGGGGUGGACUGGUGGGGAGUUUGUGCUUGGUGCUGCCACGGGGACCGAGGGUGUCGGCGGGCCGGCAAGGGGGGAGGCGGGGUUGAGUCGAAGAGAGGUUCUUGCUAGAGCUGCGGAGGAGAGGAUCAAGCGGCAGAGAGAGCAGGAGAAUGGAGGGGAGGACCUCAGUAGGCCGUGAAGAAGACUUAUGAUAUGGUCAUUACCCUUUCCAUGGCAACUGGAGCUUACAAAGCUAACUGGAUGCCUUCUUCUACGACGACUAAAGUGUACUAUUAAGCUCUAAUAUCCUAUGUAAUUAACAACUUCAAAUGAGAGUUUUGCAUAAGAAUAGCUUGAACCCCCAAUCGCCGCUCGAAAUGUUUUACAGUAACUAUAUGAAUCUUUCUACGAGUUAGUUACUUAAAAAUGAGAAAAUUUUCUAUUAGCUACAGCUACAGCUAUCAGUUGUCAGCAAGCACAUCCUAAGACUUUUUGGCAGCACGAGUAUGAAAGAGGCACUGAGAAUUCCUGUGUUCAAACCAAAACCUUUAGAAUUAUAAGCUACGGAAC